UACGGUUCGAUCGUCGGCAUGGCCAUCACGUUCUUAGUGCUUUAUUUUAGACCGCUUGUGUACCUCUUGAUCACUAAUCAAGGGUCAAGUAACAAUACGGAGUCGUUUAUGUUACCCCAUAGAAUCCAUACAUUUCUCGAUACUAGUAACACUCGUACAUAUGUGUUGGUGUAUCUGUACGAAUUUCCGAUGCUUUACGUCUCCAUCUGUCACAUGGCAGCGAUUUGCCUGGUGGUUGUCUUAGUGUUCCACAUUUGCGGCGAUUUGUCCAUCUUGUCGUAUCGUAUCAGACAUUUUGGGGAGACCUCGCAGACCAUGCUGGUAGACAGAAUUCGUAGUAUCGUUCGAAUGCACCUCAAGAUAAUAUGGAUGGCGAAAUCCAUAGAUAAUGUUUUCAAUUUGGUUCUUUUGGAUGAACUCGUUGGCAAUAGUGUUGUACUGGCCAUCUCAAUGUAUUACGUCAUAAUGAACUUGGAGAUUUCAGAAAUAGCGACCUCCGGUGCCUUUACAUUUUUCGGCACUAUUGCGCUAGUUAUACUCUUCGGAUAUUGUUUAAUUGGCGACCAACUAGUUCAACAGUGCAUAAGCGUGCAGGAGGCGUACUAUCAGUGCAAUUGGUACGAAAUGCCACUCGGUUGCAGGAAGUGCUUGCUAAUAUGUAUGAUUCGGGGCCAAGUUAUGCUUUAUUUAACAGCCGGGAAAUUUUAUAUAUUUUCUUUAAACAGUUUUACGGACGAUCAAAAAGACUUGGAUCGUGCGGCCGAGGUGUUGUCUUGGAACAAACGGCUAAUGUCGAUGCUGGGUCUCUGGCCCUUUAAACCUAACACUCUUAUAUUCUCGAUUAAUUUCAGCUACUUCAGUUUCCUCAUGAUUCUGGAGUACCUCGAUCUCCUUCUUUUCACCGGUGACCUCGAACACGUGAUCAUGAAUUUGACAGAGAAUAUGGCGUUCUCGCAGAUAUUUGUGCGAAUGAGCAUGCUACGAUUGUACAACGCUCAAAUUGGCGAGGUCAUAACGGAGGCCAUGAAGGACUUUGAUAGGACGAGCUACAAAACCGCCGAGGAGGUGAAGACAGUCAUGACGUACAACGCUAGAUCAAAGGUCUUCGUCAAGCUGUUGAUGACGUUUGUCGCCCUGACAGCUUCCUCGUAUUAUUUGACUCCAAUUAUUAUUAUCCUCGGAAGUGGCGGGCUCCCCGAAAUACCGAUCAGCGAGAACGUGACUCAAAUAAUUUAUCUAUUGCCUUAUCGCUUUCAUCUGUUCUACGCGGUGGAGAGCAUGCGCACGUACACAAUUACGUAUGCUUUGCAAAUGCCAUUCGUCUUCGUCAGUGGUUUCGGACAAAGCGCCGCUGACUGUAUCAUGGUCACCCUUGUCUUUCACAUUUGCGGUCAGAUGUCGGUUCUCGCUUUACGGAUUAACAAUAUAGACACCGAGGUCUGCGACUGCAAGGGUGAGGUGCGACAUGUGGUGCGCAUGCAUAUACGAUUAUUACGGAUGGGACAAAUAAUAGGAAAAGCAUUCAGUGUGACAUUGCUGGCUCAUCUUGUAGGAGCUACUUCUCUCGUAUGCAUCCUCGGUUAUCAAAUUUUAACGAAUUUUGCUAGAGGUGAGAGAGGAGUGCUUGUUACAUUUUUGAUAUUCCAAUUCUUAGUCCUGCUUAUACUCUACGCUCAUUGCACUGUCGGUGAAAACCUUUUGACAGAGAGUGCUAAAGUGUGCCAAGCGUUUUAUGAUUGCCAUUGGUACAAUAUGUCGAAGACUAAUGCGCGAAUGAUAAUACUAUGCAUGGCAAGAUCGCAAAAACCGCUCUGCUUGACAGCUGGCAAAUUUACCAUCUUUUGCCUCAGCACUUUGACCGACGUUUUGAAAACAUCCAUGGGAUAUUUAUCGGUGUUACGUUCUUUUUUGUAACGUCGUUAAAGAGCAAUAAUUUACGGAAGCGUGUGCAAAGAUAAUUUAUAAAUUAAUAAUACUCAAAAUAGAGAUAAAUGUACA